GCCACUGCCUCCCGCAUUCAUUCAUUAUCAACAAACAUUUCAUUGAGGAAAUAGUUUAUUUUACAACUUAAAUAAAUUCAUUAAUUAAUAAAAAUGAAGGCAGGUUUUAAAGUUGGCGAUUUGGUUUGGACCAGAGGCAAAAACCAUCCGGUUUGGCCUGCAAGGAUUGAGCCUCAGCCAGAACACGAGACUAAAAAGGGGCACGUCUAUGUGUACUAUUUUGGAGCCAAAACUGAAGAAUUGUACGGUUGGGCAGCCAACAGUGCAAUAACAAAAUACGACAAAGAAUCCAAGGCCAAAUUGUCCAAAGCCACCAUAUCCAGGGCCGACUUGAAACAAGGCCUGAAAGAAAUUGAAGAGGAGUACAACAAAAUGACUGGUGCAACUACUGAAGAACAACCAGGUGAUUCUACUCAUGUCAAUUCAGGCUCAGAAAAAGGAGAUGAAGACGACUCUACCAGCUCUUCUUCUAAAAGAACUCGCCAGCCUAAAAAAAAGUUCAGCAUUGAAAGUGGUGAACAAUCAACUCCUCCUGCAGUUUUAAAAAUAGUAAAAAAACGAAAACUCACUGAAAAACCAGCUGAAAAUGGUGGAGCUUCCAGCUCCAAAUCCAAAACUUAUACUGCAACUUAUGUUGAAAACACCAUAGGAGACAGCUUCAGUUCACAAGAUUUGACUGAAGUUGAAAAGGAAAUAGGGGGCGCCGACAUGCAAGGCUACGACGAAGCCCCAGCCUCAGCCAUUGUUGUCGGAUUUCUGGGACUGGGAGCCAUGGGCAUCGGAAUCGUCAACAAACUAAUCGAAGCCGGUCACAGAGUCAACUUGUGGAACCGCACAGACGAAAAGUGUAACGAAGUCAAACGCAAGGCCGACAAAAUCCAAGAAGGCCUCGUAAAAGUAUGUCUCGCCCCUUGUGACGUCAUGACUGCUUCAGACAUUGUUUUCAAUUGCGCCUCAGAUCCCGAGUCAGCUAAAAACAACGUCACAGACAACUGUGGCGUAAUUCACGCAGUUGAUUCUUUAGAAAACAAAGGAUUUGUGGAAAUGACUGGAAUUGAUCCCACAACUUCAGCAGAAAUUGGAGAAAUAAUCAAAAACAAGGGUGGAAGGUAUUUGGAGGCGCAGCUUCAGGGCAGCCGCACCGAUGCCCAACAGGGAAAUCUAUUAAUUAUGGCGUCAGGUGACAACAGCCUUUUCUUACAAUGUCAAAGCUGCUUCAGAGCAAUCUCCAAAACAGCCUUGUAUCUUGGACCUACAGGUGUUGCUACUAAGAUUUAUCUCAUUAUGCAGAUGAUACAAGGUGUUUCUCUGAUUGGAUUGGCUGAAGGCCUAGUAAUGGCCGACCGUUGUGGUAUCUCAGGCAAAGAUAUCGUCAAUAUUUUUAACAUGACACACAUGGCGUCUCCGUUUCUUCUGAGCAAAGCUCAGAAAAUUGUAGACAAGGACUUUAAGCAAGUCGAACAGUCUAUUAAAAAUAUGCAAAAGGACAUUCGUCUAGCUCUGUCUUUAUCUGAGGAUCUGAUGCAGCCAUUGGUCCUAGCAUCAGCUGGUAAUGAAGUGUUUAAGCACUCGAGAAAGUUGGGUUUCGAUGACAUGGACUCUUCUUGUAUCUACAUGAAGGCCAGAUACUGAUUUAGUGGAGUUUUAGUACUGUAGUGCUGGAGUUUUUAGUGUGGCCCCGGCUUUAAUUUUAAUUUUUCCUUUUUUGUAUAAGGAUUUUUAGGCUAUAUUUAGGAUGACGUAGGCGCAUUCAAAGUAGUUUCAGUUCAAAAUUUCAGAUGGCAUUGACAACAUUGUCUGUUCUUGUUCGAUGACGUCAUCCUAAAUAUAACAUAAAAAACCUUAUAGUAACAUUUUAUCCAUUAAGUACUUUAUACACUUUAUAGAAAUAGUGAUUUUGACACUGAUUUUAAUUGACAGGUCAAGCUUCAGUUUGACAGAUUAAGCAGAGUCAUAUUAUGUCUUUUUAAUUGUCUAAAUAAAUAAAUAAUUUCAUGAA